AUGAGCAACUGUAACCUCAGAAGUGCUUCUAAGUUCACAGAAAUUUCAGAACUUAGCUCAGAAUCCAAAAACUGUUUACUUGAUCGUGAAUCAUCUGUUACCAUGCAACAAGACGAGUCUGCUUUUAUCCCUGCUCCUAUAAUGAUGACCAAUGAACAAUUUCAAAGUUUAAUUGCUAGUAUGACAAAAGGAGUUGUACAAAAUCAGGCCCAAAGCAUUACUAAAAGUGGAAACUUUUCAAGUUGUUUUUCCAGAUUUUCUGUCAAUAAAAAUGAAGAUGUAGAAGCAUUUAUAAGUGCCGUAACCAUUUUUAAAGACUGUGUUAACAUUUCAGAUGAAAAUGCAAUAAAAAGUUUGCCGAUGUUAUUAGAUCAUCAUGCUGCAACUUGGUGGCAAGGUAUCCAAUCCACAAUCCUUAGUUGGAAUGAUGUGUUAAAUGCGUUAAGACACUCUUAUGGUUUGAACAUGUCACCAUAUAAAAUUUUCAAAAAACUGUUUUCUUGUGAUCAAGGUGAGAGAGAACCAACAGAUAUCUUUGUUAAUUCUUGUCGUGCACUCAUUGCUAGGUUGCCAAAACCACCUGAGCUACACAUAACUCAUCAAAUUGACAUGGUAUAUGCUUUACUCAAUCGUAGAAUUAGAAAUAGACUUCCGAGAGAUCAAAUUAAAUCUUUUGCUGAUCUUAUUGAAAAAUAA